CAUCUCCCUCCCACGCCGAUCGACAGGAUGACGGUCCAGUUCAUCAACAACCUCUCGUCCUCUGGCCCUGCUGCGCAUACGCACUCGCACGAUGGCGAUGCUCACCACUCUCACUCCCACUCACAUGGCCCAGGCGACCACGGUCAUACCCACGAACACCUGGAACAUGCGGGCAAAUUUGCAGAACGCGACCUGCCGGACUAUUCGACUAGGAACUUUGAGGAGCGGGGAUUCACCGUUGGGAUUGGCGGACCGGUUGGGUCUGGCAAGACUGCUCUGACGCUGGCCCUAUGUCAGGCUUUGCGGAAGGAAUACAAUAUCGCGGUCGUAACGAACGAUAUCUUUACUCGUGAAGACCAAGAAUUCCUUAUCAAGAACCGCGCUCUGCCAGCAUCACGCAUCCAGGCAAUCGAAACCGGCGGCUGCCCACACGCCGCUAUCCGUGAAGAUAUCAGCGCUAAUAUGGGCGCACUGGAGACGCUUCAGGCCCAGUUUGGCUGUCAGCUGCUCGUCGUGGAGAGCGGUGGAGACAAUUUGGCGGCAAAUUACUCUAGAGAGUUGGCGGAUUAUAUCAUCUAUGUUAUUGACGUCUCGGGCGGCGAUAAGAUCCCGCGCAAAGGCGGGCCAGGAAUCUCGCAAUCCGAUCUGCUUGUCAUCAACAAGAUUGACAUCGCGCCUCUCGUCGGUGCCUCCCUGGAGGUGAUGGACCGCGACUCGAAACUAAUGCGUGGAGACGGUCCCACAGUGUUCACCAGCGUCAAGCAGGGCACCGGCGUCGACGAUGUUCUUGGUCUCAUACUUGCGGCAUGGAAGAGUGCUGGAAGUCCGGGGACUGUUGGCGCAGUGGGGGAUGCAUAA